UUUCAUUUUGCAACACGCGUGACCUCCUGUGGAGAAACAUGACAAUCAACUUGACAAACAGGCAACCUUGAACAUAACCUCAAAAUAUACGUUCUGUUUAUGUGUGAAUUUCUAGAAGAUGGGUGAUAAUGUUCCCCCAGUAAAAAGAUACAGACGUGACGAGAAGGAGGAAGAAAAAUCAGACUCUGACGAUAAUUACGUACCAUACAUCCCAGUUAAAGAACGCAAGAAGCAAAAACUUUUGAAACUUGGACGAUUGGGACAGUUAAAGGAAUCUGAAUUAAACAAACCAAAGUCAUCUAGCGAGAACGAAACAAACGAUGACGAGGAAGAGGAUGAAGUAUGGGGGCGCAAGAACAACAUAUCCCUCUUGGAUCAACACACGGAACUUAAAAAACUGGCAGAAGCCAAAAAGGUGAGCGCUGUGGAACGACAAUUAAAAAAAGAAGAGGAGAUUCUGGAAAUAGUAGCGGAAAAGAAAGCCUUAAUGGGCGUUUCUGAAUUAGCUAAAGGCAUACAAUACAGUGACCCGAUUAAAACUAGCUGGCGACCACCUAGUUACGUGCUUGCAAUGCCGGAGAGCCGCCAUGAGAAAAUCCGAAACGAACUCCGGAUUCUAGUUGAAGGAGAAGACAUACCUCCGCCUCUUAAAUCUUUUCGUGAUAUGAAACUGCAUGAAGGCAUUAUAUCCGGACUGAAAGAAAAGAAAAUUAAAAAGCCAACACCUAUUCAGAUUCAAGGCAUCCCAACAGUAUUAUCAGGUCGGGAUAUGAUUGGGAUAGCAUUCACGGGUUCAGGGAAAACACUAGUCUUCGUUUUGCCCCUCAUCAUGUUUUGCUUAGAACAGGAAGUCAAAUUACCCUUCAUUAAAAAUGAAGGUCCAUAUGGGCUUAUAAUUUGCCCGUCGCGGGAGUUAGCAAAGCAAACUUUCGAUAUCAUACAACAUUUUUGCACCAGUUUGAGAAAACAUGGAAUGCCCGAAAUUAGAACGUCUUUGGCCAUAGGUGGAGUGCCUGUUUCAGAAGCCGUUGAUGUUAUACAAAGAGGUGUGCAUAUUAUGGUAGCCACUCCAGGACGAUUAAUGGAUAUGCUUGAGAAGAAAAUCGUAAAGUUAUCAGUUUGUCGAUAUUUGUGUAUGGAUGAAGCCGAUCGUAUGAUUGACUUGGGUUUUGAAGAAGACGUCAGAACUAUUUUUUCAUAUUUUAAUGGCCAAAGACAGACUUUACUUUUCUCAGCUACUAUGCCCAAAAAAAUACAAAAUUUUGCACGUUCAGCCUUAGUCAAACCUGUAACUAUCAACGUGGGGAGGGCAGGAGCAGCCUCAAUGAACGUCAUACAAGAGGUGGAAUAUGUUAAACAAGAAGCAAAAGUUGUGUACUUAUUGGAAUGUUUACAAAAAACACCACCACCCGUUUUGAUUUUCGCGGAGAAAAAACAGGAUGUGGAUGCUAUUCAUGAAUAUCUACUUCUGAAAGGGGUGGAAGCUGUCGCUAUUCAUGGUGGAAAAGACCAAGAAGAACGUUCGAGAUCUGUUGAAGCAUUCCGUAAGCACGAAAAAGAUGUCCUUGUAGCUACAGAUGUGGCAUCAAAAGGGUUAGAUUUUCCGGAUAUCCAACAUGUUAUAAAUUACGACAUGCCCGACGAUGUGGAAAAUUAUGUUCACCGAAUUGGAAGAACAGGUAGAUCCGGCAAACAAGGGCUGGCGACUACAUUUAUAAACAAAUCCAACGACGAGUCUGUCCUCCUGGAUUUAAAACAUCUACUUAUGGAAGCCAAUCAAAAGGUCCCCGCCUUCUUGAGUGAAUUAUGUUCGGAAAGUGAGAAAUACCUGGACUUGGGAGAUGAAAGAGGAUGCAGUUACUGUGGUGGUUUGGGUCACAGAAUCACCGAUUGUCCGAAAUUGGAAGCUCUUCAAAAUAAACAAGCCUCAAACAUUGGCAGGAGAGACUAUUUGGCCAACACGGCUGCAGAUUAUUAGAUUUUAGUAACAUUUUAUUAAUAUUCCCAAAUCUUACAAUAUAAAAUAUUACACUUACGGAAAAUAUGAUUUACAUUAUCGAAAAAAUUUAAUUUGUUCUUAAAAAAUCGUAAGCUUUUUUUUUCGUUAAGUCCCUUUAAAUAUCAUGUGCGCCAAUAACAACUUCUGUAGCAUGUUUUUAUAACGAGUGACAAAAAAUCUACAAUGACUAGAAAUAUUAACCACAUAGCUUCAAAACAUUUAAGUAACAAAUGCUGAAAUAAACCCACUACAACAUUUACGAGACAGUCACA